AUGGUGGCAGGAAGCUUUCCGAUGGUGCGUUAUUUACAAGACGUUGCGAAGAAGUGUAUUAGAGAAGGCAAAAAAGGCCGCUCGAAUGAUGGGCGGAAGGAUUAUGAUGCCAAGAUGAAUUCGGCCAAGGUGUGCCUGAAGGGAUCCGAAGACUUGCUGGUCAGAAUGAGGCUAUUCGAAUUCCUGCCGCGGCAUGAUCCAACGAAUGAUGUGUUUGGGAGACUCAGAGGCUUUUCGCGUAGAUUUCAGGAAGAUUAUUUUCUUAUUUAUCACAAAGAAAAAAAAAUAACAAACUUUUCUCGCUGAUUCAUCAAGAAGUUGAUCACAAAUAUUUUUAGAGACUGUAAAAGAAAGGGAUAGAAGAACAGGUAAAAAUAUAGAUAAAACUUUUGUGCAAGGAAAACGGAAAGUUUCAAAAUUAUGAGAUGGAGCUACCGUACACCUGAGAUGAAGGCUGUGCGGCUGGCUGCCUGGUUAUGGCAGAAGGUGACCUCAGAGGCGGACCGGUCUGUCGCGAUUGUGGGCGGAGCGUUGAGCAUCAUCCACGUUAAGUAA